AUGAAGGGAUAUAUAAUUUUUGCAAUUCUUGUAAUUCUUACCAUUGGUACAGAGCUGGCACUUGGUGAUUGCUUGUCUGGAAGAUAUGGAGGACCUUGUGCAGUAUGGGACAACGAAGCCUGCCGUAGAGUAUGCCAUGAAGAAGGAAUAGGUGGAGGACAUUGUAGUGCAAGUCUCAAAUGUUGGUGUGAAGGAUGUUAA